AAAAAAUAAUGUCUAUUCCAAUAAUUGAAGAUUCUGGAACAGGAUAUUUGAAGAUCGGCUUUGCAGGUGAUAACUUUCCAGCUCAUUCUUUCCCAGCUAUGGUAGGAAGACCAACACUUAGAGCAGAUGAACAAUUGGAUGAUGCCAACUUAAAAGAUAUAAUGAUAGGAGAUGAAGCAUAGCCAUAUAGAGGAUUAUUAGAGUUGACUCAUCCCUUAGAAGAAGGAGUGGUGAAAAAUUGGGAUGAUAUGGAAUUAAUUUGGAAUUAUGGGUAUAAGAAAUUAGGCAUUGAUCCAACAGAUUAAACAGUAUUGAUGACAGAAGCUGCAGGAAAUCCAAAAAAAAAUAGGGAGAAGAUGGCAGAAAUUAAGUUUGAGAAAUUCGGAUUUGCUUAAUUAAACGUAGGAAUCCAGGCUUUGCUUCCCCUAUUUGCAGAGGGUUUGAGAACAGCCUUAUUGCUUGAUGCAGGAGAUGGUGUCACACAUUGUAUGCCAGUAUAUGACGGAUUCUGUUUGAAUCAAGGAGCUUAGAGAAUGAAUAUUGCAGGAAGACACGUUACAGAUCAACUAGUCAAACUAUUAUUCCAAAGAGGAUAUGCCUUCAAUUCUUCGGCUGAUUUUGAAUUAGUAAGAGAAAUCAAAGAAGCUUUAUGCUUUGUAAGUUCAGAUAUCAGAAUGGAUACUAAAUUGGCAUAAGAGACAACUUGUCACGAAAGUACAUUCAGACUACCUGAUGGAGGAAAAGUGAAGAUUGGACAAGAAAGAUAUAUGGCUCCAGAGAUUUUGUUUUCUCCAUGGUUGUUAGGCAAAGAUGCACCUGGAUGUGCAGAUAUUGUAUUCAAUGCCAUUUAAAAAUCCCCUAUUGAUUCAAGGAAGACAUUCUAUGAAAACAUUCUCAUAAGUGGAGGUACGACCAUGUUCCCAGGAUUCCCAACUAGAUUAUAGAAUCAAUUGAGAUCAAUCUUUGAAGAAACUGUAUUGAAAGGCAACACUGCAUAUGCUGCUAGUUCUAAGAUCAAAAUUAAAGUCUUGGAUCCUGCCAGAAGAAAAUAUAAUGUGUUCAUUGGUGCUUCUUUCUUGUCAAAUGUAAUGAAGGAUAAGUCCAAUUUCUGGAUCUCCAAGAAAGACUGGUAAGAAUUGGGACCAGAAAGAGCCAUGAUGAAAGUUAUGGAAUCUUUAAUAUGAAAUAAAUAAUUGUAUUGCAAAGUGAUAUUGACAAAUAAUUAUUUCUUAA